AUGGUGGAGCCGCCCCUCCCCACAGCAGGGCCCUGCAUGGGGGGAGUCCGGGCGCCCCGUGUCGCCACCCCGGGCCGAGGGGCUCGCGGCGGAGAGCCGGCCAAGCCACGGCCCAAACUUUUCCCGGCUCCCCCAGGGCGGGUAGGGGCGUGCGCGCGGCUCGGGGCGGGCGGCCGGGCAGGCGGGGCGGGGCGGGCAGGCGCGGCGCCGCCCUCCAGGUGCGGGGCGGGGGCCGGAGGCGGGCGCGCGGCGGCGGCGGCGGCCCGGGAGUGCCGGCCGGGCCAUGACCCCCGCUGCUCUCUCUCGCAGGCUCGUCGCCGCGGCCCCCAGCGCCCGGCCGCCGGCCCCGCCACCAGCGCCCGGCCAGGCCCCGUGCGCCCCGUGCGCGGCUCGGCUGUGAGCCCACAGGAAGCGGCCUGCAGAGCUGCCGACAUGGGGCUGAAGCUGUCCUGCCUGACAGGGUUUAAAAUGUGUGUCAGCAGCGCCGGCAGCAGCCACGACCAGGCCCCCGUCCUGAGCGACAAGCACCUGGACGUGCCCGACAUCAUCAUCACGCCCCCCACCCCCACGGGCGUGCUGCUGCCCCGGGACUCGAGGCCGACAGUCUGGCUGGACGAGACAGGUUCAGGCCCGGAUGACGGAGACAUCGACCCCGAAGCUUGAGGGGAGCCAGCUGCCGGCCACCAGUUUGGCUCCUGCUCCAGGCAUCCGGGGUCCCGGCUGCCUGGGACCCUGCGCUGGGCACCGCGAGGCACGGCGGGAGGCCUGGCCCCGUCCGUAGACCUCCGUUCCACGUUCCGGCUGACCCCAGCUGAAGAAGAAGAGGAGAGGGCACUGCCCGGCGGGUGAGGGCUGCCCUGGACGAGCAGGCGGGCGUGGGACCCGCCCCGAGGCCAGCAGCGACGCGGACUUCUCCGUGAGGAGCGGCGCGGGUUUUGCCGCGCUGUCUCACCGACACCGAGACGUGACCUCCAGCAAAGUGACCUCCAAAUCCUCUUUUGCACUCUGAAUAAAGACUCCGUUACGAA